AUGUUUUGCCUAGCCUGGGAGGGAGGGUUGGGGGCGAAGCAGGCUCACGAAAGCAUUGUUGAGACGCCGGGCGCAAAGAAUUCUUCGCCAGGUGACCCAGUGCCGCCGAAGUUGGAGGAACAACGGCAAGUGCCCGCCCCCCUCUCGCCCCUCCUCCGCCGGGUGCCCGCUGUGCGGACGGCGUAGACGCCAUGUUGUUGUUGUUGUUGUUGUUGUUCUCGUGUCAGUUGGUAAUCCCAAAAUCUAGCAAACACUCGGUCCGUGGUCACAAAAAUGCUAGAGCCAUCAAAGUUCUAAAGAACACACACACUAUUAGCAAGAAAAGGGUUCGCAAGCCCGAGGAGGUACACCUGCAAUCCCUGCAGCACGUUUGCGUGCUCACAACUGAACUACACGCCCACACACGACAUGUCGACUACAGCAGCAUCACCCCCCUUGUCCCGCAUUCAACCAAAAGGGAUGUUUGUCGACUACAGCGUACUGCUGUCUGAAGUGCUGUCUGUACAAUAAUAACACCAUGGUGCAUGGUACACAAUUACGGCACCCGGGUUAUCCGCGCCAUCUCUGCCGCGUCUCUCUACAAAACCAGUGAUGUCGUAGCACACACCCAACACCUGUAUUCAGGAAAAAAACGGAAAAAUAAUUGGCAACACAAGAGAUGUUUGUCCGUGCGCCACGGUUCGAUGCCAUCCGCCUGCUCCGGUUCCGCUGCUCCGGUGCCGCUGCCCCGGUGCCACUGUGGCCAGUCCUAGCACGACCAAACUCGACCCGCUCCGCUUCGUACACGCUCUCGUUGCUGUCCUUCCCAGUCGGUUUCUCGCUUUCUCCCUCGUUGCACUUAGGGUUCUUGGUCUGAAAAUUCUCGCGCCGAAGGGUCAACCAGCCCAAUCAGCUCGUCACCACCGGUCCCCUCCUCCCUUGAUGGCAAAACCAGGUUACUGAGAUAGUACAGCUCCCUCUAGCAAACCUAGGGCCGUGUACAUAGUGCCCGUCCACCUUUCUGAUGACGUCUGCCUCCGCGCACAAAGAUGAGAUGGGCAUUGCUGCCUACACCGACGGCCUGGAGGCCCGCGCAUCUGCACCUUUGUACCUGACGCACCAGUG